AUGAGGUAUCUGGAAAAUACCAACAUUUCUUCGAUCUGUGAAGAUAAAGGUAAAUACACCAAUGGCCUCAACACAUGUCCUGCAGAAGUUUAUCUUCAAGAAGUGCCUAAAAACACAAAACUAAAAAAAUAUGAGAAAACCAAUAUGUUUGAAGUUGUUGAUAGUGUCACUGAGACUACUAAAGAUUUUUAUGAAGAUAAAAUAAACAAAAUUUCAGAAGAGUUCUCAAAUAAUUGAGCUGGGCAGACUAAGCAGUGUGAAAAAAUGAUAAUCUAUAAACAAUUCCUUUGACUGGCACUGCUUCAAAGCCUUCAGAAACCAGAUGCCCAGUGGUGUACAAAGAACAUUAAAAGACCUACAGAAUUAAAUGUCCAGGAGUCCAAUUUGAUUUCUGUAGGUACCAAUAAAAACCUUAAACACAAAGACUUUUUAGGUAGGAAGAAGACAGAAGUUAAAGCCAAGAAACCAAGCAGAAAUUUUAUGAGAGAUUGUUACGUCUAUUGACUAUUUGGUGUUGUAAGCCAUCUUGGGAAUACCCCAGAUUCAGGUCAUUAUAGUGAUGUCUAUGGCUUUGAGAGGCAAGUCUGGUUCACUUAUAAUAAUAUGCAGGUAUCAAGUGCCCAGGGGGCUCUGAUGCAGGAGGAUAGGCUUUUCACUGGACACAUCUUCUUUUACAUGCACAAUACGAUUUUUGAAGAGCUAGUGGGUAGGGAAGAGAACUCCCAGCUUCACAGCACAAAGGUAGGGAAAAACUGUCAGAAAGAAUAA